CAUCCUUCCGUGUGCUCUCAUCAUCGAGCAGUAUAAACAAAACUUGGCGCCCAAAUGUUGGAUUUGGCAUUCGACAACAACGCUUGGAGGUACGAAUAAGUACUGGCGAAGCUCAGAAAUGGAGGGAAGCAAUCAUUUGGAAGAAUGAAUGGAGGCAAGCACUGAAAUGGUGGGACAACGCCUGGAGAGGAAAACAACGAUUCAACUACCGAGUUGACUGAACAUAAUGUCUAAUCAUUGGGACACGCUUUCAGGCUGUGUAGGAAAAGGUCAUCGUCUCCAUUAAAACAAUUUCCCACUUGGGAUUUCUUCUUCACAUUCCCUUCUUUCUUUUAUGGAAAUUAUGAUUCAAUGUCGCUACAUUCUUCUAUAAUCAUCGUACCUUUCCUUUCUUCUUAGGCUAUCUUCUCUGAGAAGUUGCAGAGAUUUCCAGGUGGAAGUGCUUUCUCAGAAACACUUCUUGUUGGCAUGUCUCGAAAUUGCUCGUUACAUUUUCUCCGAAUCAGUGUCCGUGUUCCGAGAUUCUUUUGUUAUUGAUGGAAAUCGGGUAUUUGGAAUUGGGUUGCCUUUGAUUUCAUCAGCUACUUUUUGCUUACCGACAUCUCGGAGUUCACGAAAUUUGGUUAAUUUCUUAUUCAUUAGCCCCAAAACAGGUUAUGCUGGUUCGAGCCUAGAUAUUCCGCUUUCUUUUUACUCGUCUAUCAUUAUCUUAGGUUGGUGAAUCUUGGGUUAGUGGAAUUCUAGCAGUUGCAACCAACCCUUUUGGAUGUCUGGAGAUUUCAAAUUUGGUUGUUAUUUGUUUGCUUGAAACGAAUAUAUAUAUAUAUAUAUAUAUUUGGUGCAUGGAUAGGUCGCUUUUCCAUCCAUACUUUAAGGAAUUUUCUGAUGUUCAGUUCCAUUUUAAGGAGUUUUCUGGAGCUUCGAAGCUGUUAGUUUCUUAACAUCUGAGUGCCAUGAAACUUUUAAGCGCUGUGGUAAACUCCUUUGGAUGUUCUGCAUCUGGGGAACGUUUAGUUUCAGCUGCAAGAGAUGGGGAUUUUCAAGAAGCGCAGGCUUUGUUGGAGUGUAAUCCUCGGUUGGCACGCUACUCUACUUUUGGUGUUCGAAAUUCCCCCCUCCACUUCUCUGCUGCUCAUGGCCAUCACGAGAUAGUCCAUCUUUUGCUUCAGUCUGGAGUUGACAUUGAUUUAAGGAACUAUAGGGGUCAGACUGCUUUGAUGCAAGCUUGUCAACAUGGUCACUGGGAAGUUGUUUUGAUUUUAGUACUUUUUGGAGCCAACGUCCAUAAAGCAGAUUACUUGAAUGGAGGCACUGCACUUCAUCUAGCUGCUACAAAUGGUCAUUCCCGGUGCAUCAGGCUUCUUCUUGCUGAUUAUAUUCCAAGUAUACCGAAUUUUAGGGAAAUAAUGAGUCAAAUAAGAGAUAAUGAAGAACCAAUCUCAGAGUUUGAUCACAAGGCCUUGUCUCAGUUUAUCAACCAAUCAGCAGAUGGAGGCAUUACCGCCCUACACAUGGCGGCUCUUAAUGCGCAAGCUGAAAGCGUGCAGUUACUUCUGGAAUUUGGGGCAUCUGUUUCUGAGGUGACUAUAGGCGAUGGAACCGUAAUUGAUCUAAUAGGUCCUGGGAGUACAGCUCUUCAUUAUGCUGCAUGCGGUGGUAAUGCAAAAUGUUGUAAACUUUUGAUUGCAUGGGGUGCCAGCCUGACCACUGAAAAUGAAAAUGGUUGGACACCUUUGAUGGUCGCUCGCUCAUGGCAUAAAAGUUGGCUCGAGGACAUUCUCUCCACAGAGCCUGUAGGCCGGCCAAAACUUAUUCCUUCUCGCUACCUAUCUCUGCCCCUUAUGAGUAUUGUUCAAAUUUCUAGAGAAUAUGGAUGGAAUAGUAAGUCUGCCCCUGGAUGCCAGGAUCCAUGCGUUGUCUGUUUAGAGAGGAAGUGCACGGUAGCUGCCGAAGGUUGUGAUCAUGAAUUCUGUACUAGAUGUGCCUUAUACCUCUGUUCUACAAAUUGGGGGACAACCAUUUCUCGUGGCCCUCCAGGUUCAGUUUCUUGUCCGCUCUGUCGCAAUGGCAUAGUGUCAUUCGUUAAGCUUCCUGAAAAAGCACUCGUUAAGGAAGUUGCAAGAAAAAGUUUUUUACUUCCAAUAGGCCAACGUUCUCACGAGACACCAUCAAAAGCUACCCCCUUAACCUCCCAGCUUCGAUCGCUCGAGUUGUGUCAUGUUGACGACACUUCUCUGGGAGUUUCCUUUUGUUGCCAGAGACUUCCAUCAAUCAAUCUCUGCCGGGAAACGCCGAAUAUAUGUCACUCUUUAGUUCCACGUUGUGUCAACCGGAACUUGCAGAACCACUUGGCCAGAUAUUAAAGGCGAGGGCUCCAAUAAUCAACUUAUCACAGGUCAUUCUCUUCUGUAGCUAAUCAAUAUGUAAUCCCUGAGGCUGUAUGCUGAUACUGUUUGGACCUUACUCAUGUUUCUUUUCAUCUUUCUUGAUUGAAUCCUUACUUCAUUGUUA